AUCAUGUCGACAUCAGGUAUUCCUCCAAAAACAUGGCAGCCUGAAAAUGUAACCAUAGAAACCACAAUGGGCCAGAUUGUUCUGGAGCUGUACUGGAAGCAUGCCCCCAACACUUGUCGUAACUUUGCAGAGUUGGCCAGGAGAGGCUAUUAUAACAACACAAAGUUUCAUAGAAUCAUUAAAGAUUUCAUGAUUCAAGGAGGGGAUCCUACAGGCACGGGGAGAGGAGGGGCCUCAAUUUAUGGGAAAGAGUUUGAUGAUGAAAUAUCGAAUGAACUGAAGCAUACAGGGGCAGGGAUUUUAUCCAUGGCAAACAGUGGCCCAAACACCAAUGGUAGUCAGUUCUUUAUAACCCUGGCCCCUACUCAGUGGCUCGACGGAAAACACGCUAUCUUUGGCCGGGUCAGUAGUGGAAUGACAGUUGUCCAGAGGAUAGGGCUGGUGGAAUGUGAUAAUGAUGACCGACCAGUGGACGACGUCAAAAUUGUCCAAGCCUACAUCACUCCAUCUUGAUUUACUGUACCAACUUGAAUUUCAUCUUGACUUGUCUCAGAACAAGAUAUUGCUUGAAAAAUGAAGGAAUGAAAUGAAACUUGAUGGAUACAUGUAGAUCUUUUAAGACCUCAAAAAUGGCAGCUAGAUUUUUUUUCACAAGUGAGAGCAUUUAGUGUACAUAUUCCAUAUUCAUGAGGAUUGAAAUUUAUUAUGUUUAUAGAGGCACUUGCAUGUGUACAGCAAGAUCUUGUUUGUUACAUGCAAUAGAGAAUUAUCUCUUUAAAUUCAUCAGACCAAUAUUUUAUGGGGUUUUUUUACUUACUUUUUUCCACCUAACUCCACAGAUGAAUUGAUGAAAGAUUUAGUUUAUUUGUACAUGCAGUAACACACUCUUAUAGCAAAGUGCAAAAAUGAACAAUUUUGAUUCAUUAUAAAUGUAAUUUUUUAUAUAUCUGGUAAGUUUAUAAUACAUUUUUAAUUGCAAGGAAUAAAAAUUAUGAAUACUUUAUAAGUGUGUUCCCUGUAACCAUGUUUAACAGUACAGUGUAACCAGGAAAAAGAUCAAUGAAAUUAAAGAAUGACUAAUAAUUGUCGAAAUUCAAACUCAACUUCUAUGUCCUUUUUAAAGGAAAAUGUUAAAAUAUUGAUAGAUCGUCAGAGGAUUAACUUGCCAGAUAUCUAAUUUGCAGUUCACAGUAUAUGUUUAAAACUUAUUCCAAAGUUGGAAUUAUCAGCUGAUUUGACUUUGGAAGGUCUUUUCUAGGAAUAGAGAUGUACAUCAAUAUGAUUAGAAUACAUGUAUUUGAAGACAGAUUUGCUAACAGUAUCUUUAAAAUAAAUAAGAUAAAUAUUUGACAUGUACAAUUGAUAGUGUAAAUAUCCAAGACUGAGUUUGAAGGUUUCUAAAUAUGGCUGAA